CUGCACUAGCAACUAUGCGGUCCAAUCAAGCAGCAAACGCCUUCCUAAAAGAGCAACACAUCAAUUCAUACCUUAUAAUAAAAAGGGGUUAGCAUGCUCAAAAUACGAACUGUCACGUAGGUAAAUAGGUCGCCGGGCCAUCGAGCCUAUACCCGCGACCGGCUACCCGAGAGUUCGCCAGGGGUUCCCGGCCCCGGAAGCUAGUGCUCCCUACCGAAUCGGGACGAACCAAGGAGCAAGGCGCGCAUUCUAUUCGCGGGAAAAAUCGAUCAGGAGAUCGAGGGACCCCACUAAUUUCCCCCAUGAACCUCCGCUGUUCUGCGAAAGGGGAAUCCAGCGCGAGACAUUUGGCUGUGGGCCGUCCGUGUGCUGUGCGUUUUUACGUACGUGGUGGUGCCAUUGAUACCACCUGUCAUCGCACCCUAGAUUUAAUGAAAGGGGGUUUGAGAUGCCUCUAGACGGAUGAAAACCCGGGAAAGCUCGCGUGAUGUGACAUCGGGGUUCAUCUAUACGUAGGUACAGAUUGCGCGCAAAUGAAUAUAAAUCAACCAUCUUGCAUACCCGUGCGAAGUAAUAUGUGAGAGCCAACUUCGAGUGCGGAGCCGCCUUCAAGUUCUAAGGAGAAGGGACACCAAUACCUACCUAGGUACCUACCCAAGAUAACUACAAGUCUUGGCGCGACGAUGAGGUUCCUCGCCUGGACCCAGUUAUUUUCCGCGGCCGCUGAAGCCGCCUUAACGUGGCAGAACGUCAAAAUCGGAGGCGGUGGCGGCUUUGUACCGGGAAUCGUCUUCCAUCCGACGACAAAGGGCGUAGCAUAUGCUCGGACGGAUAUCGGUGGUCUGUACCGUCUGAACUCGGACGAUUCGUGGACGGCGAUAACGGAUGGUAUCACGGACAAUGAUAAUUGGCAUAACUGGGGUGUCGAUGCCCUUGCCCUCGACCCACAGGACGCGAAUGUGGUGUACGCUGCUGUGGGCAUGUAUACAAAUGAUUGGGACCCAAAACCCGGCUCUAUAAUUCGCAGCAGUGAUAAAGGCGCCACAUGGAAGACCACCGCCCUAUCCUUCAAGGUUGGAGGUAAUAUGCCAGGAAGAGGAAUGGGCGAACGUCUCGCCGUCGAUCCAGCUAACUCCAAGAUUUUGUACUUUGGUGCACGAAGCGGCAAUGGGCUAUGGAAGAGCACGGACUCCGGCGCAACAUUUACUAAGGUAUCCUCGUUUACAGCGGUCGGAACUUUCAUCCCGGACCCCAAGGACGUCGGAGGAUAUAAUGGCGAUAAACAAGGACUAGCUUUCGUGACCUUCGACUCUACGGGUGGCACGGCAGAUGGAGCCACUAAGAGGAUCUUUGUAGGUACGGCUGACAACACGACCGCGAGCGUCUACGUAUCCGAGGAUGCGGGAGCGACUUGGAAUCCAGUCAAGGGCCAGCCGGGCAAAUAUUUCCCACACAAGUGUGUUCUGCAACCUCAAGAGAAGGCCUUGUACCUUACGUAUAGCGAUGGCUCAGGUCCGUACGACGGAACUUUGGGUGCGGUAUACCGAUAUGAUCUCGCGACAAGUACUUGGAAGGACAUCACGCCGGUCUCCGGUAGUGACCUGUACUUCGGUUUCGGGGGACUCGGUGUUGACAUGAAAAAACCGGGGACGAUUGUUAUAGCGAGCUUGAAUUCGUGGUGGCCUGACGCACAGAUCUUUAGAUCGACCGACUCGGGAGCAACAUGGUCUAGAAUAUGGGGGUGGUCAAAUUAUCCAGAAAUGAACCGGUACUACGGACAAUCAGCAUCGAAAGCGCCAUGGAUAAAGACGGGCUUCCUUGAUACCGAUACGAAGGAUCUUGGAUGGAUGAUCGAGGCGUUGGUGAUUAACCCCCUCGAUAGUGACCACUGGCUCUACUCGACUGGCCUGACUAUAUUUGGUGGCCAUGACUUGACUAAAUGGGAUUCUUCUCAUAAUGUAACAAUUCAGUCUCUCGCAGAUGGCAUCGAAGAAUUCGCAGUGCAAGAUCUUGCCUCACCUCCCGGAGGAAGCGAGCUACUGGCUGCGGUAGGCGACGACAGCGGGUUUACCUUCAAAGACGCGGCUAGUUUGAAGGUUUCUCCUAACACGCCUUGGAUGAACCCUAUCUGGACGACAUCCUCGAGCGUUGAUUAUGCUGGGACAUCUGUGAAGAACAUUAUUCGCAUUGGUAAUUCUGCUCAGCAGGCUGCUGUCUCGAGUGACGGUGGUGUGACCUGGAGUAAUUACUCAGGCGCGGCUACUACCUUGAGCGGCGGCACAGUAGCCUACUCCGCUAAGGGGGACACGGUGCUCUGGUCAACAUCUUCUAGCGGCGUACAGCGUUCCCAGAACCAGGGCACUUUCUCGGCAGCGUCUAGUCUCCCCUCAAGCGCCGUAAUCGCCUCAGACAAACAGAACAACACUGUUUUCUACGGCGGCUCAGCAGCUAGCUUCUAUGUUAGUACCGACACUGGGACUUCGUUUGCCAAAGCCGGUUCCCUCGGUAGCGCCACUGCGGUCCGCGACAUUGCGGCCCAUCCAACCAAAGCGGGCGAAGUCUGGGUAUCGACCGACGUAGGUAUAUUCCAUUCAACAAACUAUGGUUCUUCGUUCACUCAGCCAUCGACCGCUCUGAAGAGCACGUACCAAGUCGCGCUCGGAAAAGGAUCAGGAACGACAUGGAAUAUAUACGCGUUUGGCACGGGUUCUGCCGGCGCUAAACUAUACGGCAGCGCGGACGAUGGCGCAACUUGGACUGAUAUCCAGGGCAGUCAAGGGUUUGGCUCCAUUGACAGUUGUAAGCUUGCCGGUAGUGGAAAUACUGCCGGACAGGUGUAUGUUGGGACAAACGGGCGCGGAGUGUUUUAUGCAUCUGGCACGAUUAAGAAGAGGUCGUCGACCUUUAACGCGUAGUGUUCCUUUGAAUUUACCUAGUUGGUAUUGGAAUCGAGAAAAGUAUUUCUUCCUCUUGUUGAAUUUGAAGGCUAUG